AUGUCUCAAACCACCUCCAGCAAAGAAGUCUUCCGCCCACCUCUCUUCUCCUUCAAAAACGGACCUCUCAAGCGGCUGCCUUUCAACAAGCCACCGCACUUCUCUUUCCUUGACUUUCCGGCCGAGCUUCGCAACUUGAUCUACCAUUUCGCAGUGGUUGUUCCUUUUGUCAUCCGGAAUGAUGAUGUCUCGUACAAGAAUGACCGGAAACGCCGCGAUCGGAUUACCGCCUGCUUCACUUUCAUGCGGACUUGCCGGCAGGUUUACGAGGAGGCGGCGCCGGUUUUUUGGGGUGGGAAUACUUUUUUGUUGCAAGCUCUGCCCUUUCAAGGGCUCAUGAACUUUACGACCCGUGGAGACGCCACUAAUGCAACGCACCUCGACAACAAUUCUGCCUGGUAUGUGCGUGUCGCUGUCCGAUCGCCAGAGUCGCAGCGGAAGAUCAGAAGAUUGACCUGGAUCUAUGGGAAUGAGAGAGAUGCAGCAACGCGAUACUCCAAGAACUGGGUACUCCAGAGUUCCAGGUGGUCGAUGCUGUCAACCUUCCUUCAGAACGUCACUGAGUUGACAAUGAUUCUCGACAACACAGCAACGAGGUUCAUUCGCUUUCCUAGAGAGGAAGGCAUCGCGGAGUACGUGGAGACGCUUUGGUCAUCACGCCAACCAGAGGAGGGAAAGGAGUCGUUCAUCUCCUUUGUUACUUUCGCGUCAAAGGUCUUGAGAGUGAGCACUCUGGGAUAUCUGAAAUUCCUCACUUCCAAAGCUUUCCGAGGAAUUCGCUCGAUCCGCUUAGGAGGUGUUGCAGACGAGGUUGACGACCCAUAUAAAGUUCUCAAGACAAGCAUCCAGUUCUACCAGGACAUUGGUUCAGCCGUGACAUCGUGGGGGCUCACCUUCAGCAUCGCCGGAAUACAAGAGUCGCCACCUAUGGAUGAAGCCGAAGCCUUUUCUUGCCGCAUGUCGACCGAUGAGACCGACUUUCUCUAUUCGAUGAUUAAAAAGGACGACUACUUGAGGAAGUAUGUCACCAGGAGGGCGGGUGAUAGGGCUGGCCGAUUUGGGAGCGUGCGGAAGGAUGAGUAUGUGGAAGAGGAUACGGAUUCAGAAGAAGAAGAGGAAGAAGAAGAAGAAGAAGAAGAAGACGGUAGCGAAGAUGAGGAGCAAGAUGAGGAUUGA